UUGUUCUAUCUGCGUUUCGACUGUUGAUCCGGAAACUCACUGAGGGACAUACUCUUCCGCUCCGAGAUUUGUUCUAGUAAAUAGAUGAUAUUGCGUUACUAUUAAAUAUAAUAGUAUUGUUAAUAUAGUAACUUGUUCUACUGUUAAUGGUUCAACAUAUUAGACACACUAACAAUAACUCGUUAGUGUGUCAAAGUGUUGGGGGAGUGGAAGUGAUCGUUAUUUUCCAUAUAUGCAACUUGAACUGUGAUCGAAGUAGCCUACGUCCAUGCAGGGUAUAACGUUAGGUCUGCUAGGCUACUCCGGACAGUUGCUCUGUGAACAAUUUAGGGGAAAUGACAGGAAAGGUUGAAGGGAUGAAGCAGAAAAAGACUAAAUUGAAGGAUUUCCUCGAGAAUAUCAGUGUGCUGCAAUGGAUACUGACCUUCCUCUUAUUAGGUCUGGCUUGUGUUGGGUUGAUGGUGUACCUUAUGUUUACCUCUCUGUGGCCACUGCCUACUCUCUACUUCAUAUGGCAGUUGAAGGACUGGCACACACCUGAAAGAGGGGGCAGGAGAACUGCAUUUGUGAGAAACUGGAAAAUGUGGAAACAUGUAAGGGACUACUUCCCAAUGAAGUUGGUGAAGACAGCGGAGUUGAAUCCAAACAAGAACUACAUCUUAGGGUGUCAUCCUCAUGGGGUCAUGAGUAUGGGAGCCUUUACCUCUUUCAGCACUGAGGCCUGUGGCUUUAUGGACCUCUUCCCUGGGGUGCGCUCCUGCCUCUGCAUACUAGGUGGCAUCUUCAAGGUCCCCCUCUACAGGGAAUAUGCCAUGGCAACAGGUUGUUAUCCAGUCAGCAAGCCCAGUCUAGAGCACCUUCUGUCUAAAAGUGGGAAAGGCAAUGCAGUAGUGAUUGUGAUAGGGGGCGCUACUGAGUCUCUGCUGAGUCUGCCUGGGGUCAAUACUGUGUAUAUGAAGCAGAGGAAAGGCUUCGUCCGGGUGGCCCUGGAGUUUGGGGCUGACCUGGUGCCUGUCUACUCGUAUGGGGAGAACAAUAUCUUCCGCCAGGUGAUCUUCACAGAGGACAGUGUGGGCUGGAGGUUGCAGCAACUCUUUAAGAAGCUCAUGGGCUUUGCCCCCUGUCUGUUUCUGGGUGAAUGCUGGUUCUGGAUGCCUUACCACUGCCCUGUUACCACUGUCGUGGGUAGUCCUAUCCCAGUGCCAAAGCGGCCUUCCCCCACUCAGGAGGAAGUGGAUCACUACCAUGGCCUCUACAUGGAGGCCCUGGCCAAGCUCUUCCAUGGACACAAGGCCAGCUGUGGACUCUCAGACAGCCACGAGCUGCGCAUCAUAUAGGCCAAUCAUUUAGACUGCUCCCACAAGGACUAUGUGAAUGACGAGUUGUCAUGGUGUCUUUCUGUCAGAUACUGUAGCCAACCUCCACAGUGAGACUACUUGAAUGAACAUAUUCCAACUCAGGAUCCAGCGACGUCUCAAUCAUUGAUCCCUGGAUCCACUAAGCUACUUGGCUAAUAACUUUGGACUGUAUUUACUGUAAGGGAACAGUGCAUGUGCUUUAAUGUACCAAUAAUUUAACCACUUUGGUAAGGGGUUUUUCAGUUGUUCAGGUAUACAACAUCUAUUUUUCUUGAGGCAAGCCGAAGUCGGUAACCCCUUCGUCGGUAGUCAACAGUAGGAUUCUUCAGUAAAAUCUUUGUCAUUCAGCAAGAGGCGACUCAUUUUCAUGCACAUUGUUUCAUUGAGAAAUACUGCACCAAACAUGUCAAAUGCGUGACUAAAAUCUCCUCUGCAAAAACUUCAAAAUUAAUGACAGAUUUCUUGAGUCAUCUUAGAUGAAUUCUGACUAUUUUGAGAAAGUGUAUACUGGCUAGGACUUUGGCUAGCCAACCAGCUGAACUGAAGCAUACUGACGCUUUCCACUCGUCCAACAUCCCACAUCUCAAUGUUAUUACCCCCAAAAGCUGUUAAGUACAACACGUGCACACACACCACAACUCAACAACUUUUGGGGGUAAUAAUAUUGAUUGAUACUGUCAAGAUGCACAGUGCAACAGGUAGAUAUAUUUUUAGUAGUUGUUAUAUAUCCAUCACAGACCAUCGGUGGUGGUACAGGUUGCCAUGGAGAUGUAUGGAUGAGUGGAAUGCCCUGCAGGAGUUGAGGCGGAGUUUAACCUCCAUAAACCUGACAGCAUGGUGCCCUCUAAAGGCCUCAUUAUGCUUCAGUUUGGGUGGCACCUAGCCGAACCUAACGAGUGUGCUCGCAUACUCCAUUGUUUGAAAAAUGAGAAAAAAAGUGGCAUGAGACGCUGUAGCCAAUAUAUACUUUCUCAAAAUAGUUAGAAUUCAUCUAAGAUAACUGAAAAAUUGUCAUUAAUGUUGACGUUUUUGCCAGAGGGAUCUUAGUAACACAAUUGUACAUCUGAAAAAGAAUGCACCAAACAUCUUAGUUAAUGAAAAAAUGUGCAUGAAAAUGAGUCGUCUCAUUAAAUGACACACAUUAUUAAAGAAUCCCUACUGUUGACCAAUCACCGACGAAGGGGCGUAGACUUCGGCUCGCCUCCAGAAAAACAUGUGUUCCCGAACAGCAGAAAAAAACCUUCACCGAAGUCCAUAACGAACAAAAACGUCACAAAAUGUUGUCUUAAUUAAUGCACAAACUCUACUUUAAGAUACUCUCCAUUUCAUAACAAACAGAGAUUGAUUGUGAUUUAGGAUUUAUAAGGAAAUAAUGUGCAUACACUUCUACAUGAAUGUGAAUGCUACCAUGAUUACAGGUAGUCCUGAAUGAAUCGUGAAUAAUGAUGAGGGAGAAAGUUAGAGACAAAUAUCAGACACCUGUGAAAGGAGGGAGAGAGGGAGUCAUUUCUAAAUUAUGAGUGGAGAAACUCUCACAAGUUCUACCCAUCACAACACUAACAACAUUCAACCAAAUGAUAAGAGACCAGGUACACCCUCUGCAGUGCCAGUGGUGUACCUGGUUUCAUGUUGCGUGCCCAGGCAGCGGACACAGCAGUAGCGCGCCCCACAGGAAUUGCAGGUGUAGGUAGACCGGAAGCCACACAUGGCACAAAAGUGACGCUGGGGCAGUUUGGAGGGCUCGGCACAGGCAGUCGGGUCCCUCAUUCCGACUCAGUUCCUAUAGCGAGCAGCUGGAGAUGAAAGGAAACAAGGAUUGUGAAGAGAAGGAGCAAAUGAUUAAAGAGAGGGGAGGAACGCAGGGCCAGAUUUAUGGACCUCACCUCUUCUUCCAGUAGAGCCAGGAAUUUUUUCUGAAAUCUCAAUUUGAAAUAAUCUCCUCGUGUCAAUGCAGGCUCUGUAAAGCUCUGCAUUGACGUGAUUGGUUGAAGCAUGUUGUCUUCUUUUGAUUCUAUACUCCAAAAGUAUGGAUUUGAAAUCAACUUUAAUUAUCUUCAUCCAUAUUGGGUGAACCGUAUAGAAAUUACAGCACUUUUGGUAUAUAGUCCCCCCAUUUUAGGGGAGCAAAAGUAUUGGGACAAAUUCACUUACCGGUAUGUGUAUUAAAGUAGUAAGAAGUUAGGUAUUUGGUCCCAUGGGAGCGGUUGGAACCCCAAGGGGUUAUAUGAAAACGUCACAUCAAAAUAAACAAUAUACAAUACAUAAGUACAAAAAUAAAAAAAGGUUUGUUAAAACAGAUAACAAAACUUACUAAUAAUAAAUGUAUAAAUUAAUUGUAAUCAUGAAAA